AUGUCGGGUGAUCACAAAACUUUGAUAAAAGGCAGCCCAUCCCAAUAUGUUAAAUUAAAUGUGGGAGGUACUCUAUUUUACACAACUAUUGGGACGCUAACGAAGAGUGAUAAUAUGUUAAGAACCAUGUUUAGUGGUAGAAUGGAGGUAUUGACCGAUUCUGAAGGUUGGAUCCUAAUCGAUCGCUGUGGCAAGCAUUUCGGAACAAUUCUUAACUAUCUGCGCGAUGGGACAGUUGCCUUGCCAGAUACUUACAGAGAAAUAAUGGAAUUAUUAGCUGAAGCAAAAUACUUUCUUAUAGAAGAACUAACGGACUCCUGCCAACAGGCAUUGGCGAAAAAGGAAAGAGAAGCUGAACCCAUUUGCAGAGUUCCUUUAAUCACUUCUCAAAAAGAGGAGCAAUUACUUAUCAUGUCUACUUCAAAGCCUGUUGUCAAGCUGCUUAUUAACCGGCACAAUAACAAGUAUUCAUACACAAGUACCUCUGAUGAUAAUUUACUGAAAAACAUUGAGCUUUUUGACAAACUGUCACUGCGCUUUAGUGGCAGGGUAUUAUUUAUAAAGGAUGUGAUUGGUUCCAAUGAAAUUUGCUGCUGGUCUUUCUUUGGUCAUGGCAAGAAAUGUGCUGAAGUAUGUUGUACAUCAAUUGUUUACGCUACUGAUAAGAAACACACAAAAGUAGAAUUUCCUGAGGCGAGAAUCUAUGAAGAAACCUUAGGUAUAUUGCUUUAUGAAAGUAGAAAUGGUCCAGAUCAGGACUUGAUUCAAGCGACAUCAUCGAGAGGUGCUGUCGGAGGGCUUUCAUGCACAAGUGAUGAGGAAGAGGAACGGUCAGGUCUUGCACGACUAAGGUCAAAUAAACAGAACAAUCAGUCUUAG